CCGCCGCCACCGCCACCACCGCGGGGUCCGCCGGCCGAGGACGCCCGGGAGGAGCUGCAGCCGCCGCCGCCCAAGGAGAACCCUUGGACCAAGAAACCAUCGCAGCACCCAUUCUCCGCCGCGCCUGAGCCGUCGCCGCCCCCGCCAGACGCCCUGCAAGCAGAGCCCAGUCCCCCAAAACCUAUUAAAGCAGGAAUACUUAAGACAAAGAAAUCCAACAAGGCGAGUGAUUUCAGUGACAUGGCUCUUUGGCCAACACCAAGUGAAUUAGUGAACACUGGAAGUGGCCUAAGCCAAAGCAAUAAGAAGCCCCAAAUUAGAAAAGAAAAAGAAGAUAAGGUUGAAAAGAGAAGUAACAGUGAGAGCAAAGAAAACCGAGAAACCAAAUUAAAUGGUCCUGGUGAAAAUGUGAGUGAGGAUGAGACCCAGUCAAGUAAUCAUCGCAGGAGAGCUAAUAAGCACAAGUGGGUACCACUCCACUUAGAUGACCUUAGGCCGGACAGUCAAGAAAGACCUGGAUCCCGGAAUAACUCAAGAUGUCAAGCUGAAGCAAAUAAAUCAACACAUAAUAAUAGGCGAAAUGAUACACGGAGUUGGAGGCGAGAAAGAGAAAAAAGAGAUGAUCAAGAUGAAGUGUCCAGUGUGAGAAGUGAGGGUGGUACGAUCCGAGGUUCCUUUAGAGGCCGAGGAAGAGGCCGGGGAUGGGGAAGAGGACGAGGCAGAGGAAAUCUUCGACUAAACUUUGAGGAUACGUAUGGUUAUGGAGAACAUGGUGAAAGGACUGAGCAGCCGUUACACACAGAACUUACUACCAGUAUGAUGUAUUACUAUGAUGACGGGACAGGCAUACAGGUGUAUCAGGUGGAUGAAGCAUUGCUGAAAGAAUAUAUUAAGCGUCAAAUUGAAUAUUACUUUAGUGUAGAAAAUUUGGAACGAGACUUCUUUCUUCGGAGAAAGAUGGAUGAACAAGGUUUCUUGCCUAUUUCUCUGAUUGCUGGUUUUCACCGUGUUCGGGCUCUUACCACAAACCUUAAUCUCAUCUUGGAGGCACUGAAGGAUAGCACAGAAGUUGAAAUUGUGGAUGAGAAAAUGAGAAAAAGGGUAGAACCAGAAAAAUGGCCAAUCCCAGGCCCUCCUCCACGAACUGUGCCACAAACCGAUUUCUCCCAGCUGAUUGAUUGUCCGGAGUUUGUACCAGGCCAAGCCUUUUGCUCACACACAGUGUCUACUCCCAACCCUCUGUGGAGGAGGCUGGGCCAGUGCUACAGUGGAGACAACCACCUUGCGAUGAUGCUGUGAGACAGACCAGAGGACUGCUGUUACCAUAGGAGCUGCCCAUUUCUAUGUAAUUGGCCUGGGCUGCAUGGGCUACUUUACUUCAUGGUGGGAAAGUUAAUUAUUAUCAUUGUGAACAUACUGCAAGAUUCUUUUGUUUACAGGCAUAUGUUCUUAUGUCCAGAGCAAUAAAGCAGGAAAACAGGAUAGAGAAACCUUUCCCAGAAUGUUAGGUCUUGCUAUUUGAUUUGCCCUUCAGUGUAGUGUAUGUUACAUAACAUUGUCAUGUUUCACAUGGAGUAUAAAAUUUAUUAACGUGGAAAGCUGAGGGCAAAUAAAUUUAAGAAAUGAACAAGGAUUUUUUUUACUUUACUAUUGGAAAUGUAUUUUUUGAUACAUGAAUGAGAGACCUGCCCAUCGAUAAAACAUUAACAGUCAGUCUCACAAAUAUUUUUAUUUUGUAUUUGUCAGUGCUCUGCUUCUAAUCCCAGUAAGAAACUUGAACAAACGUUUUAAAAGUUGAAGAAAAGUGAUAGCUUUAUUUUAGUUUUUAACUUUUUAAAGAGAUAUAAUGGCUUUAUUGUAUAAAUUAGAAUUAUUUAUUGUAUAAAAACAGGGUCCAAGAUGACAUUUUUAAUCAGCAUAUGAACAAUCAUUGGUAAGUUGGAUAAUAUGAAUAUUUUUUUCCCACAGGAUAGUUGUCAAGUUGGUGAUGCCUGUCCAUUCAUUACCCAUUUAUUGUAUUAAUAAAAUUACAAUAAAAUUAUUUUUUGUAUAUUUUGUGUUUUUUAAUAUAAAUGCAUACAAAUACUAUUAUAUGUACAAACAAGUCAGUGCAGUAUUAAAAUACUGCUAUAUAUUGCACAUCAGAAUCUAAUAGUAAAUAGAGAUAAUAAUGGAAGUGUUUUUUAGAAUUAUGCCAAUUCAUAUUGUCAUAGGAAUAAUAGACAAAUCACCUUUUCUCAGGAGUCUUCAAAUUUCUGACCUUCAUGAUUUCCUGCUUGUACUAAGAAACCCUAAGUAGAAUGUCAGCAAAAAUUUUAAGUGGAAACAAUUUAGAAAGUGUAGAUUGUCUUAGGCACAGAAAAGUAGUAAAACUUCUAUCUAUAUGUGCUGAUCUCAAAUUAGAGGACUUUAAAUUUUUUUAAGCCAUGAUUGUAUGGUACAAAUUUUAAAACAUGUUUGAAUCCUCUUUCUCAGCCCCUUGACAGACCUUAAUAUACUACAAAAGGUUGACAAAGAGAAUGGUAAAAUUCUUUUUUUAUAAUGUGGACUCUACUGUUCUAUGGAUGCAGUAUUGCACCAUCCACUCUUUUUGUUUUAUUUUGAUGCUGGAAAUCAAAAUCAGGCCCUCAUGCUUGCUAGGCAACUACUUGUACCACUGAGCUAUAUCCCCAGCCAGUGCACUCUUAAGGAAUUUCAUCAGAGUUCAAAAGCAGGUGUCUGACAAUACUGAUUUGGGGAAGGUACUUUUUUAAAAAAAAUGUAUGAGAUCUAAUGAAUAAGCUGUGGGAUUUUCCUUUGAAAACUUUAUAGCUAGAAGUGUCCUUAAAUGUUACACAUGAAAUAGUCCUUUAGAAAAGAAACCUUUGUGGCCAGAGCUGUGAUCCUUCCUAGGUGGAAAACAAAGCAGUACAAGAUAAAUGCAAAUUUAUGGUGACUUAUAUUUGGAGAGCCAAGUUGAAAUUUUCACUUACUAAAACCAGCAAAGAUAAAUUUAUAUGUUCUUACAGGUUAACACAUGUGUUGACUGUGUAAGGUUUUUUUUUUUUAAAUCUAUGUAUGUUUAAUGUCAAAUAAUUAAACCUAUAUUUAAACAUAUUUAAACUUAUUUGGAAGAUUAGGAGUUUGCUGUUCUUAAACUUUAUAAAUGUUGCUGGGGGUGGUAUUACUUGUAAUUUCAGGAUAUGGGAGGUUGAGAUUGGAGGAUUGCCACAAAUUCAAGGCCAGUCUGAUUUCUACAUAGUGUGAUUUUUGUCUCA